AGGAGCACAAGGCGCACGGAUCGCAGGAGAGGGAAACUCCAUUCUUUAAAAAAACCAGGCCCGGGAUCGGGGGCGUCGACCCCCCUGCACUUGCCGCCUGAGGAUGCUGCCCUGGCCCUGGCCCUGCUGCGCCUCCUCCCCCUCUGUGGCUCCGGGGGGCUUUGGUCACUUGGGCAAAAGUUUCCUCAUCGAGAACUUGCUGAAAGGGGUCCAGGGGGGCAGCCCCCCACCCACGCCCUCCAGGCCCCCGGCUCCGAUCCCGCUGCAAGGGCUCUUCCCGGCCGCCCAGAGGAGGACCCGGGCCCCCGGGGGGGCCUUCCCCUUCCCAGCGGAGCCCCGACCCACGGAGACAGCUCUUCCGAAGCAUUUUUUCUUGAGAGCCCCGCAGGUCUAUUCGGCAUGCUGUGGUGGGUCCUGUCAACACCCGGCAUCUCCCACUGUUUUUCCAAGACAUGAAAGUGUUCUGCCUCUUCUAACUCAGGAUUCCAGAUCCCGGAGAGGUAUUUUAAGAAGAGCUGUCUUUUCUGAAGAGCAAAGGAAAGCUUUGGAGAAAAUGUUUCAGAAACAGAAAUAUAUCAGUAAAACAGACAGAAAGAGACUGGCCCUUGGCCUCAGUCUGAAGGAGUCACAGGUCAAAAUUUGGUUUCAGAAUCGAAGGAUGAAAUGGCGAAAUUCCAAAGAAAAAGAAGUGCUUUCAAAUCGGUGCCUGUCAGAAGAAGGUCUUCAAGAAACCUAUAUUUCCAAGUCUUCUUUGAAUUUUACCUCUUCACCAUGUCCUGCAUGGGAAAUGUCUGAACAGCAGCCAAGUUCAAAAUGGCAGAACCUUCCGGAAUAUUCAGAAAGACGGAAUAGUAGCAGUAAUAGUAGUAGUUUGUGGCCACCUACAAGAACAAACUCAUCUCCUGACACAUUGCAUUUGCAUCAGCAGCAAGGCACUGAACGCAAGGCAGUUAUUAAAGGGAAGACACUGAUGGAGUAAAGUGAUGACAGAUUACUGACUUCAGAUAAACCUCACUAACUUCAUUGCAUACUAGCAGAAGUACACAGCCUUGCACAUGCUGGAUUAGGCAUUAGUUUGAUAU